GCCAAGAUGGCGGCCAGCAGGAGGCUGAUGAAGGAGCUUGAAGAAAUCCGCAAAUGUGGAAUGAAAAACUUCCGUAAUAUCCAGGUUGAUGAAGCUAAUUUAUUGACCUGGCAAGGGCUUAUUGUUCCUGACAAUCCUCCGUAUGAUAAAGGAGCCUUCAGAAUCGAAAUCAACUUCCCAGCAGAAUACCCAUUCAAACCUCCUAAGAUUACAUUUAAAACAAAGAUCUAUCACCCUAACAUCGAUGAAAAGGGGCAGGUUUGUCUGCCAGUAAUUAGUGCUGAAAACUGGAAGCCAGCAACCAAAACUGACCAAGUAAUCCAGUCCCUCAUAGCUCUGGUGAAUGAUCCACAGCCUGAGCACCCCCUUCGGGCUGACCUAGCUGAAGAAUACUCUAAGGACCGUAAAAAAUUCUGUAAGAACGCUGAAGAGUUUACAAAGAAAUAUGGUGAAAAGCGACCAGUGGACUAAAACCUGACACAGUUGAUGUCAGCACCCUGUGAUAGAAGAUCGGAGCAGUGCAUUUGAGACACCCCCGUAAAGCAGGACUAUGGAAAAUUGACAAGUGCCACCUUUUGGUGUUAACUUGUGGCUGUUACUAACUUUCUACAGUUUUCUUAAUCAAAAGUGGGCUAGGUAACCUGUAAAGAAAGGAUUAAAAUUUAAGAUGUUCUAGUUCUGCUUUCUUUGUUUAAAAAUCACUGCUUCAAUAUUCUUUAAAGUAUGCUGGUUUUUUUUUUCUUGUCAGAAUUUAUCAAAAAUAUCUUAGACUUAUAUUCUGCCCUUAAAUUGAAAAGGUUGUGGCUGUCACUUCUUCUUUUUCCUUGCAGUUCCCACUCUCUUGAGUUCAUUUAAUUCUUCAUUGAAUUUUAUCCCACUGCCCAAACUCAUGUUUUAGAGAGGAAAAAAAAAUUCCAGUUCUGGCAGAAAAUUGAGUGUUUGGCAGUUUUAUUUCCUUUUAAAAUGUUGCACUGUGCUUUGUGGGACUUGUUGCAAGUUCCCCUUAACUUCAGUUUGUAACAUAAUAAACAAGGAACAACCCCACCCCACGAAAAAACCCAGCAACAAUCAAUCAGAAUCUCCAGGUCUUAUGUAAAUCUGGCUGAUGUUACCACAAGAUGUUUAUUAAAUGGGGAGACCCAAGUUUUUGUCUGUGUCAUUGAAUUAAAAUAUGGCUUAGGUCCUGCUUUUGGAAAAUUUGGGGGGAAAAAAAUCUGUAGCAAACAAGUAGUGGAAUGUUGAUUACAAACAUCUUUCACUUCUCUUCCUAAUAUUCAUGCAGAGUAGCUAGGGAAAUGUGCACAGGACAACAUUGCCACCCGCUGGGAAAAGUGUCAGAAAUUGGGGACUGUGAGGUACCAAAGUGAUAAAUUGGGGUUUGAAUUAAAAACUUGAUAGU